GCCACACCCAUUUCCAAUUGUUUCUCUUCCGCAAACUGAUGUUCAUUUGACUCACAAUGCAACAAGAGCGCCAGGAGCUGAGAUUUUUCUCGGAAACAACCAGGAAGACUAUUUAUUGCUCUCGCUAUGGAAAACAGGCAGUAUGCUCGCCGGUAAAAUAGCUCCUAGAAGCCCCGUCUCGAUACAGUCAAAUAUGAUGUCAUUCAUUGCUCGAGUGACCUUACCAAACCCACAGCGUCCUGCUUUUCUUUCAAGAUGCAUUGCUGUUGCUUGAGAACCUACUGGAUCCGAAAGGAAGCCAAACGCAAGGACUCGACAUCAUGUAUGAGAUAUACGCAGCUGGUGCUGUGGCAGCAUUCACAGUAGACUGCCUGGUCUACCCUCUCGACACCCUCAAGACCCGGUACCAAAGCCGGGAUUUCGUCCAGACCUAUGCCUCUUCGCCAGGCAACAAGGCACCGCUCUUUCGCGGCCUAUACCAGGGCAUUGGGAGUGUCAUCUUGGCAACAUUACCAGCAGCUGGCAUCUUUUUCGCCACGUACGAGAGCAUGAAGAAGACGAUUUCCAAGACCGGCUCGGUCCCGCAACCGUUGGGGCACUCCUUGGCCUCGGCCAUCGCCGAGAUGGGUUCAUGUCUAGUACUUGCGCCCGCCGAGGUAAUCAAGCAAAACGCGCAAAUGCUCCGUCGGAAGGAGAGCGGCAGCAGCGGGUCAAGUGGCAGACGAUCAACAUCUCUCGAAGCAUUGCGCCAAGUCACCAGCUCCGGGGCCCAAAGACGGCUGUUCUCCGGAUACACGGCGCUGGUCGCGCGCAACCUGCCCUUCACGGCGAUCCAGUUCCCCAUAUUUGAAUACUUGCAGAAGACGGCGUGGGACUCGAGGACGCGGAGGAGGGGGCCGGGCGAGGAACGGGGACUCAUCGAGACAGCGGUGGUGACGGGGACCAGCGCCGGGGCUGCGGGAGCGUUAGCCGCGUUCAUCACGACGCCGAGCGAUGUCGUUAAGACGCGUAUGAUGCUGAGCGCUGGCGAGGCUAGUGGAGGAAACGACAGAGGGGGAGCUCCGUCGAGGGAGGCUGGCGAUGCGCCGAAGCCUAAGAAGGGACGAGGUACCCUGGAAGUGACGCGAGAUGUUUAUCGGCAGAACGGCGUUCGUGGGCUCUUCCGCGGUGGAGGGCUGCGCUCGGUGUGGACGGCUGUUGGCAGCGGCUUGUACUUGGGGACGUACGAGAUGUCAAAAGUCUGGCUCACACGAGGGAAGGACGAAGCAAAUGUCGUUGAGGGAUUGUGAUAGGCCGGGGAAGCUGCAUGAAUUAUGCACGCGGGAUUGCGUCGGCGCCGGCGCAAGAAGCGGUGACGGCAUGGUAUGCCGGCCUCGUACUGUAUGCAUCCCUAGAGGUACCUAGCUGUGGAUCAUAUCUGUGCAGAAAGAAUACGUCGUAAUCGAGAGAAGGCGAAAGACACGCAAGGAGAGUUCAGCGUGG